GGCGGCGGCCUAGAGCGCAACGGCAGAGCAAAUCUCUCCGCUUUCCCGCGGGUCGCCGCCUUCUGCAGGAGAACCUCCGCCUCCUCUGCUGCAACGCCGGCUUCCUCCUGUUCAGGCUGCCGUCAGCCCCCGCGCCCGCCGGCUUCGUAAUGGCGACCCGCAGCCCCAGCGUCGUGAUUAGUGAUGAUGAACCAGGUUAUGACCUAGAUUUAUUUUGUAUACCUCAUCAUUACGCUGAGGAUUUGGAAAAAGUGUUUAUUCCUCAUGGACUAAUUAUGGACAGGACUGAGCGGCUUGCUCGAGAUGUGAUGAAGGAAAUGGGAGGCCAUCACAUCGUAGCCCUCUGUGUGCUCAAGGGAGGCUAUAAAUUCUUUGCUGACCUGCUGGAUUAUAUCAAAGCACUGAACAGAAAUAGUGAUGGAUCCAUUCCUAUGACUGUAGAUUUCAUCAGACUGAAGAGCUACUGUAAUGACCAGUCAACAGGGGACAUAAAAGUAAUUGGUGGAGAUGAUCUCUCAACUUUAACUGGAAAGAAUGUCUUGAUUGUUGAGGAUAUAAUUGACACUGGGAAAACAAUGCAGACUUUGCUUUCCUUGGUCAAGGAGCAUAAUCCAAAGAUGGUCAAGGUUGCAAGCUUGCUGGUGAAAAGGACCCCUCGAAGUGUUGGCUAUAAACCUGACUUUGUUGGAUUUGAAAUUCCAGACAAGUUUGUUGUAGGAUAUGCCCUUGACUAUAAUGAAUACUUCAGGGAUUUGAAUCAUGUUUGUGUCAUUAGUGAAACUGGAAAAGCAAAAUACAAAGCCUAAGAUGAGAGUUCAAGUUGAGUUUGGAAGCAUCUGGAGUCCCAUUGAAUUCAUAUCAUCGGUAGAAUGUUCUAGUUCUGUGGCCAGCUGCUUAGAGCUUUACUGCAUGUAUUCUCUCAAGAAUUUUAUCCGUUUUGUAUUUUAGAAAUGUCAGUUGCUGCAUUCCUGAAGUCUUUAUUUGCAAUAUGAGCUUAUAGACUAUCCAUUCCCUUUGGGUGGAUUGUUGUUUGACUUGUGAAUGAAAAAAAUCUCUUAAACCACACCACUAUUGAAUGAAAAUAUUGAAAUUGUAUCUGUAAGAAACAUUUAAAGAGGAGAUAUAUUAGUUUUUUAAUUGGUAUUUUAAUUUUUAUAUAUUCAGGAAAGAACAGAAGUGAUUGAAUAUUGUUAAUUAUACCACUGUGUGUUUAGAAGAGUAAGGAGCAGUCAGUUUUCAUAUCAAUGACAGCAUUUAAGGUAUUGUUCUGUUGAAUAAAACAUAUGACCUGGAAUUAUUUUACUGUUUCAGUAGUAUUACCUGUAUUUUCUCACUUGUUUGGAUGAUUUCCGGUGAAUCUGUGUCAACAGUUCCUUUUAAAUACAAAUCAAUAAAUUCCAAAAAACUUUACCACAUUUUGAAUUCUUCAGU